UAGAGUGGCAUUUUGGUUGAGUGUGUGGCUCUCUGUAUUGCUAUCGUGCGGUCGUUACUAAGGUUGGUUUAAUUAGAGAAGCAAGCGGUCAGCAACAUUCAUCUCUCGAGGGGGUGUCUAACUUGGUGUUGCGGUGUGUUUGACCCUAAAUUAGUUUUACGCCGGAAUAUCCCUUUAAAGCCAGUGAGAUUCAAACACAAAAUCACUUAAAAACCUUUAAGGUAUUGGACUGGGCUUGUUUUGUUGUAUGUGUUAAAAAAGGGUGAUCAAGUGGAAGUGUUUUUUAUUUACGUCCACACUGUAACAGUAGGGGGCGGUAAAGCUGCCCUCGGUAAAAAGGAUCAAAGAAAAGAAGAAGAAGAAGACUUGUAAGGGGCGGGGUUUUGUUGGAGGCAAACUCUUACAGAGGUUCAGCGUCUGUGGCAUUAAAAAUUACGAAAUCGCAUUAAAAAAAUUGAUCGCAUAUACCCGCGUAAAGGACAGAAACACCGAGGAGAGGUAAACACACAAGCACGUCGAAAAUACCGACCUCAGAGUGAGGGCGAUAGCCAGCUUGUUAGCUGUUUGUAGCAAUGCUAUUGAAGUUAGCCUUUCUGUGCUGAACUAGCGCUAGACUUUAAACGCAAUUGAUGGCAUGAAACAUUUCCUUUCUCCCACUCCCAUUUCUCUAAUAGCAUGUCUGCAUUGUCGUUUCCCCUCGUGAAACUCAGUGGAUUGAUUUAACUGAUGGUGUGGUAGACUUUUGCUUGCUGAACAGCUAACUCUAGUCUAUUGUAGUUCCAGAUGGCUCGCUUUUCUCUUUGCUUUUCUAAUCUUUCCUCCAUGUUGUUCUGACUACUGCAUUCAUCCGUAAUGUUGACAGCUGAAUAGCUAAUGAAACCCUACAAUGAGGAGUGUCAUAGUAGUAAUGUCUGUGAAGCUUACAUGUUGCUAAUGUUAAAGCUAGAAACUGAAGACAGUAGUUAGCCAUGAUUUAUGACCCCUGGUAGAAAAAAAAACAACCCUCUGUACCUUCUCUAAACAAACCCUGAGUUGGUUUUCUUAUACACAAUUUUAAUCUCUAGAGAUAUAACUUUCACUGCCUGGAUUGAGCGCUAUGUCUAGGGCUGGGCGAUAUGAACCAAAAGUCGUAUCCCGAUAUAUUUAGGCUGAAUGUGGAUAUGCGAUAUAUAUCCCGAUUUAUAUAGGCUGAAUAUCGAUGUACGAUAUAUAUCCUGAUAUUGUUUUCGCAAAGUGAGAACAAAUGUUUAGUCAAAGCAAAAUAUGAUGUGUCACACAAGUAGUUCUAUUAAAAUGGCCAGAUGAGAUUAUGCUCAGAUGUUUAAACAAUAAUAAAAUGUAAACAUAAAUACUGUCUAACCACAGGAGUACCCUUUUUUUUUUUUAAAUUGGAGCUUCAUAAGGUGCACAUUUAAAUAAAAAUUAUAUCUUAAAUAAAAAAAAAACAAACAGGCCAAUCUUUUUCUGAAAUAAAUAUAUUUAUCUAAGAAAAGCAUCAACAUUUUGACAACCACAAAUUGCCUAUUAAAAUCAAAUUGCAGAUUUUCUCCUCCUCUCUAACAAAUCCACAGAUGCAAACAACGAACACUACAAAAGAAUUAAAUAUGAAAAACCCCUAGUGAGGGCAGCAUUUACAUGUAUAAAGACAGAACAGAAUAAAGUGCUCAGUUUAAGAAAAUUGUUUUUAAACAUCAUUUUGAGAUUACCUAUCUGUCUCUCUUAUCUUCUCUAACCAGUUGCACAAGACUGUGAACAGACUAUGAACUCAGUAAACAUUUCCCCUCUUUCUUUUUUAACUUUGAGAAACAGUUAGUGCUGUCUUGAGGUAGACAUUUGAGGACAGACAAGUCUAUCCUUCUUUGUUUAAAGAUUUUGUGUGAGAAACACCAGCCUGCAACAACAGCAUCUGGUAUCUGUAUAUCGAUAUAUGCGAUAUGGUCCAAUUCCAUAUCUUAUUUAAAAAUAUAUCCAUAUGUUUCUUAUAUCAAUAUAUUGUCCAGUCCUACUAGUCACAAAACGUAUUAUGGCAAUAUCCAGAAAUGAAUUUUAGUAUGUAGUAAACAACAUGAUGUGCACCAUUACUGAUCAUACUUGGCUCCUGUGUUCUUCACAGAAAACAUGGAUACAGGGGAAGACCAAAAUACAAACACCAACAAUGGAAACCCUCAGACCACUGCGAACUCUCGUGCACCCCAAAUAGCCCACAUGUCUCUCUAUGAAAGACAAGCUGUACAGGUGUGUAUAAACAUCAUAGACCAUGACAUUGAUCAUGUUUAUUUGGAAACUUUUGGACUGUCUUCAAAGUAUGUGUCAAAUGAGUUUGUGUUUGUGUACGGUUGUUUUUUGUAGGCUCUUCAAGCACUGCAAAGACAACCGAAUGCAGCUCAGUACUUCCAGCAGCUGAUGCUGCAGCAGCAGAUAAGCAGUGCCCAACUUCACAACUUGGCUGCUGUACAACAGGUAACAAGGCUUGAGACUUGGAAAGUGUGGUUGUCAUAAUGUGAGUGGACAUGUUGCAAACCAUCCCUUUGCUUUCUCCGCUAAAACCAGGCCACCCUUGCAGCUAGUCGCCAAUCUAACACCCCCAGUAACAGUAUUUCCCAGGCAACCACCACUGUAAGUUGCAUGCUUAACAUUUAUUGAUAUAUGUAUUGCAUUGCUAGUUUAAAAUCAAAUAAAAUAUGGUAAGUUUUACAAAACUGUUAAAUUUCUUUUGUCUUAGGUCAACCUUAGCACCACAUCCACAGGGGGAACCACAACUAACCCCCGUCCUCAUGUCCCUGCUACCUCUGCAGCAACAACAGCAGCUCUCAACCAGUCUGUGUUGCUGGGUGGGAACUCUGCAGGACAAGGACAGAUGUACCUUAGAGUGAGUUGAAAUUGCUCCAUUAUAUAAGUUUGAGUUGCAGUUGUUAUAAGAAAAACAGAUUUAAAGUUAUAAUACAGUAAUUCCACCUAUAGUAUCUUAGUUAAAGUUUGUAAAGUAGUUAUUCCUCUGCUUCUCAUAACUUGAGCCAUACACUCUAAAUCUUUAGGAGCAUGUAACACAGUACAAAGUACAGAACAGGGAAAAGCUUCUUUUUAAAAAACUAUACUGUAUGAGUCUUUGAAAGUGUUUUUUAAAUAGAGCACUUGUUACACCAACAUUUUUGACAUUUUUAUACUUGUUACAGUUGCCCUCUAGAACUGUCUUCUUUGUCCUCACAGGUGAAUCGCUCUCUCAGGGCCCCUCUUGCCUCUCAGCUCAUCUUCAUGCCCGGUGGAACAGCAACAGCCACUGUAGCAACAGUUGCCCAAACCCAGCCCCAGCAGCAGCAGCAACAGCAACAGCAGCAGCUUGAUGGUGCCAAUGCAAGUGCCCAGUCUGACAACGAUCAGGUUUGUUAACUAUUAUGUGAUUUUUGAGCUACUUCAAAUAACAUAAUACUGAAUACCCAGGGCUUGACACAACCUUUUUUCAACUUAGGAUCACAUGUAAGGAGCACACAAAGAACUUUAGGGGCACAAUGAAAAUUGAUCAAAUAAUGUGCGUCUUAUUGUCCAACCUUAGUACUAUUAUUUGAAUUCUAUUUUAGGUCAACUGGCCACGUGACAUGGAAGCUUUUGAAGGAAAACAGCCUUUUUUGAGACCAUUAAGCGAUAAUUUAUUGUUGGUCCCUUAUUCAACACCUGGCGUUGACAGCGAGGGUGCCGAGUAGAUUUAGCUGCGCUGUUGCUAUUCCCGGUUAGAGUGGAGAGUGAGAAGACACUGGUAAAUCCGCAGUGAAUGUCUGUCGUCCAUAAAACUAACUUCACCGCGGUAUUUACAUGAAAAACGUUUGUUGCCUCGGCUGAUUUUUUUUAAUGUGCCCCUAAAUACAUUUUACAAUUCGCACACAUCUAUUUUUUUGUCGCAAAUCCGAGUGAAACAGUCGCACUGUCGAGCCCUGAUACCACAAUAGUCUACUUAAUGUAAUGGGGGGGCUUUCUUGCAUCACUCGCUACAACUUCUAUUUCUGUUGUUGUUACAGGUGCAGAACUUGGCCCUCCACUGCACUUCUACCCCCAGAGCUGUUUCUGUCAAGUCUGAGCAUCCAGAGAGGAAAGAUGUCGCCAACUUUCCUCUCAGUCAACAACAGCAGCAGACCUUUGCCCAGGCGGGUCACCAGCAGCAAGUGCAACCACAGCAGCAGCAACAAAUGGCCAAAGGCAACUUUCCUCAGCAAUCCAACACUAUGGCUGUAAAGACUGGAAACCAGGCUGCAAUGACUGUUACUCCAGCUGCUUCUGUGGCUCCUUCCUCUAAUUCCUCUCAAGCACUCCCUCUCUCCCAACUCCUGUUGUCCUCCUCUGCUGCCCCUGUGAUCCUGGUGCCCACCUCGAAUGUCUCAACCACCACCCAAGGCUACCCAAUUGGUUCGGUGACCCCUAAAGCCAACAUGAACACUCAGACUCUUGUGGUUCAGCCCCUUCAGCAAGCUAGCACUACCACAGACAAAGGUCCUGUGCCAAUCCAGCCCAAGACAGCUCAGGGACACCGCUUACCUGUGCAGCUGCCUCCUCGACACCCGCCUCCUAUCCUCCCAGCACCGCCGAACAACAGUCAGGCCGCAGCCGGGGGGCACAAUUCUCCUCACAUCCCUGUGCAGCUUGUGGGGGCGAGGCAGGGAUUAGCUGGGAAUGCACAGGUUGUAGCUCUGGCACAGGCGCGAAGCAAUACAGCUCAGGAGGGUACAGCUGGAGGAAAUGUGAACACAGUUUCCAACAACAGUGCUAUGGUAAGAUUUCUGAGACUCCUUUGUUUUAAUGUAGAUGAUAGUCAGUGUUGUGGGAGCUGUAACAGUUUCCUCUGCUCCCCUCAGAUAAAGCCUGCCAUCGGCUCGCUGAAAAGGAAAUCUGACUGUGAUGCUUCAAAUGAGAUAGCUAUCGAAUCCUCAGACUCCACACCCAUGAAGGACUCUGCUCCUCCCUUAUCUCCUGCCCCUACAAAGGACUCAGGUAUGCCAGUUUGCCCCCUUCAAAUCAAGCAUCAAUUGAAAUUUGUUCAAAAUCAACUCAGUAUCUGUCAUAAAUAACUCUUUAAAGUCUAGCCCUCUAGUUUGAACCCCUUGAUUUUCCCUGUUGAUACUCACUAGUUCCUCCUGCAGCAGCUGCCUUCUCAUCUCCUCCCACCUUGUCCCUGCCUCUGCCCCUCUCAAGAGGUGGGCAUGGGGACAAAGACAGAGCACCGGUUCCACAGGCGGUGGUCAAACCUCAAGUUCUCACCCACCUCAUCGAAGGUUUUGUCAUUCAAGAGGGAGCUGAGCCCUUCCCCGUAUGUGUGACAUGUUUUCACAACAUAAAUAAUUUAACUUCACUUUGCUUUGCGUGUCCCUGUGUGUAAAAGUUCCUCACACUCGGCUUGUAUUUGAUGUGACAGGUUGCUGGACUCCUUAAAGACAGAGACUUCGCCCUGGUCGGCCGCUCAGAAAAUGGAACUCCAUGUAAGUGCUGAGAUAACUUUGAUUUUUAAUGAGCAUGUUCACGCUUCCGACAUAUUUAACACAUUUUUUUAAUUUCCUAUUCUCUUUAGUGUUAAAGUGCGAAUACUGUGCAAGCCUCGCCCCCGCCAGCCAGUUCAGAGGAUCAAAAAGAUUCUGUUCAAAUACUUGUGCGAAGAGGUAAGGUUGACUCUGGCUUCAUGUUUGUUCCUUGUUGUACUUCGUGUACUUUUGAAAAAUUGCAUUGAUAAGUACCAAAGUUAUGGAGCGUUUCCAGAAAAAGUUAUCAACUGUCGGCUACAAGGUGUUUAUUGUCAAAUCAACUCCGUACAGAGACCACUCAGUGUCGUGUAGUUGCCUCCAAAACAUGUAAACUCUAAAGCCGAGAACAUACAGGAUCCGUAUUGAGUGCGUUACGUAUUUGCUCCAUAGAGCAGCGUUGGGUAUCACAUACAGGAUGCGUAUUUGGAGCGUGGCAGCAGCAUAGUCCAGCCCCGGUCAGCUGGGCUCAGUAUAGAACAACAUGCUCACAACAGGCUGUUUUGCCUUUCUGUGGUCGAUUUCCUGCUAAUUUGGAAAUAAUUCAGUGACCGUUGAGCCGUGUGUUACUUAGAAAUCCAUAACCAGGAAGUACUUCCUAUCUACACAAACUGAUACACAGUCAGGAGUUUGCAUAUGGUGAUUUAUUUUGAAAUACUGAAUUGCAUGCACGGUUUUCGUGCUUGACUCCCUGUCUGGAACGAUCUCUGUGGAUUGAUGCACAUUGGAAGUGUAGAGCAGCAAAAAUAGACUCGCUGCGUAUCUUUAGCAGUGCUGCGACAGAGCUGAUACACAUCCUGUAUGGCAACCUAUUUGCUGCGUGAUACGCCACGCUGCUGCCACACUCCAAAUACACAUCCUGUAUGUUUUAGCCGUAAGUGUUGACUACUUUUGUUUAUGGAAUAUAUAGAUGUUAAACACUAAUGUGUGAUAUUUAAGUCACUUGUCAAUAAAGUGUUGUGCAAUGAUGAAGCUCCAGCUUUUUCCACUGUUGUGAGCACGCUGACAAAACUUAAAUGCACUCAAACACGACUGAAAGUUAGAUUUAUUAUAUUUCUCAGACAUGAAACAUGGGUGCAGAUCAUGUGACUCCACUGCUCCACUGGUUUCCGAAUUACUCUGAAUUGUCUUCCUGUGUGAUGAUUUUGCUCCUGGUCCCACAGGUAUAAUGUUAGCUGCAGCCAACACUUUAAGACGAGCAGAGGAAGAAGUGGUGGAGCUGUGGUACCACCACCAACCCCCUCUGAGAGUGCUGCUAGGAGAAGGACACCGUCUCGUAGGAGCAGCUCUAACAUGACCUGUAAUAAGAUGUCAAGCAGGCAUUUACCCGUUAAGGUAAGAUCUGGGGUGUAAAGGUUAAAUCUAGUAAAGAUAUGUUCAUCAGGUUUUCCUUUUUGAGUAUUUUCUUAAGUCCUGAGAGUCUCAGUUAUUUAAAAAUGUCAUUAGAGGCUUUUUUCAAUUAAAUAUGCUUUUAAUGAGAAUGAAUUGUGUCAGAGAGAGUUGUAAAGACUUAAAACACUCAGGUUUAGGCUAACAUCUUGGCUGAUUUGAGGAAAAUUUCUAUCUUGAGCUUUAUGUUUACGUAGUUGCCAUAUCAACAAAUGCAUCUCAGUUUCUUAAUUCUUGUCAUUGACAAUGUUAUUUUUAAAUUAACCACUCUCUCUUUAUGGCAUAGUGUCAUUCUGAGUCGAGCCGCUCCGAUGAUGUGUCCACUGAUGGAGAAGAGGAUGAAGAUGAGGAUGAGUCUCCUUCACUGUCCCCAAGCUCCUCUCACUCCUGCUCAAGAGCCGGACACAGCGCCCCUCCCUCUGACAGCUCUGCUCCUGGAGGUCUGCCACUAGAGGGUGCUAACUUUCUCUCCUCGACUCCUGCUCAGUGGAGUGUGCAAGAAGUCUGCAGGUUUAUCUCUUCACUUCAAGGUCAGUGAUUUAUCAACAGUUUCUAAACUCUAUGCCUCCCCUGAUUUCUAUUUCACACUAAAUCUAUCCUUUGUGUUCCCACAGGCUGUGAAGAGCUGGCGGCUCAGUUCCUGUCGCAGGAAAUUGAUGGGCAGGCUCUGCUGCUCCUGCGAGAGGAUCAUCUCAUCUCCACCAUGAACAUCAAACUGGGACCUGCUCUAAAGAUCUGCGCCUCCAUCAACUCGCUGCGUGAGUGAUGCAGCCAGAGGGGGAGCGAAGUGUGAACACCUGUUACAGCGAAGUUUAAAAGACUAAGAUUUCGGGGGACAUCAGGUUUAACAGUUUACCUUCUGGACAGUGAAUGUGCAAAAAAGAAAAAAACAUGUAUGUAUACUUUUAUAUUUGAGUUGUAUCCAUGUCAGUAGUGUUUUAGUUUUUUUAUCCGUUACUGUGAGUAGUGAGAAACCUUUUGUAUGUAUCCUAUUGUGAAACUGUGCAAACCUGCAAGUGUGCAGUAAUGGGUGCUAUCUAGGAUAUUAUCGAGGACAAUUCACCUGUUGAGACAAAGAAACAGAAAUGCCUUCUUGCUGGAUUUCAAAAUGGUGCUUUAACUCUGGUUUUAAGUUUUCAUAGUCAGACUCCCUUUAGACAUUCUAGUGUUGUAGUAGUAAUGUGUUAUUUUACCGUAGAUGUUUAACCAAGGCUUCAAUCACACCAAGCAAAGGACACUCAGAAAGCCUGGCGUUUUAUUUAGCGCAUUUUACCAGUCAAAAGUUUAGUUUUGUAUCUUUUCCAUUUUGUACUACAAUCAAAGUUAUUUUUUCAUGGAUGAGAUAUAGUUUUAGUAGCUUUAACCAACUUAACUACCUGAAAAUAGGUAUGUCACUUGGUUUGCUCUAUCGAGGGCUGAAUGGAAGUGCUCUGUGUACGUAUGCAGUACUACCAAUAAACAAUACCUGCUAAAGGA